GUUGAUCCUGGAGUGACAACUGACACGAUAACCUUUGACCUCAGACAUGCAGCAGGUUCUCACAGCUGGCUGCUCUCCUGCAGGUGGGUUCUCUAUGAAAAGCCCAACUUCAAAGGGGAGAAGAUCGCCCUGGACGAGGGAGACGUGGAGCUCACCUGUCCCUUCAGCCCACCUGAGGAGGCGCAGCGGAACGGACAGGAAGAGGAGAAGAAGAACGGAGAACCGGAGGAGCAGAGCGAGGAGAAACCGACCCAGAAGUUCUUCAUCGGGUCGAUUCGCAGAGCGGUCAGGGACUACAGCGUUCCAGAGAUCGGUCUCUUCCCAGAGGAGAACGCGGAGGGGAAGAAAGUGGUUUUCCGGGACACGGCGGAGGAUGCCAGGAUCUUCGGGUUUCCCAUCAAAGCCAACUCCGUCAUCGUGAACGCCGGGCUCUGGCUGGUCUUCGCGCAGCCCUUCUUCCAGGGCGUUCCCCGCAUCCUGGAGGUGGGGGGCUACUCUAACCCUGCGGCCUGGGGGGUGGAGCAGCCCUACGUGGGCUCAGUGCAUCCCCUCAAAGUGGGAGAACCUCGGGUGGAGAACAUGAGCAAACCCCAGAUGGUGAUCUACGAGAAGCCGUACUUCUCUGGGAAGUCCAGGACCAUCUCCUCCAACACGAGGGACUUCAUGAGCCGGACGGACCGCCAGCAGAACCUCUUCAUGGCCAGCCUGGGCUCCCUGAAGGUCCUGGGAGGAAUCUGGGUGGGAUACGAGAAGGAGGGUUUCCGUGGUCACCAGUACCUGCUGGAGGAGGGCGAGUACCACGACUGGAGGGUGUGGGGGGGCUGCGACUCCGAGCUGCGCUCCGUCAGGAUCAUCCGGGCGGACCUGACGGACCCGGUGAUGGAGAUGUUCGAGCAGCCUGAGGAGGAGCAGGGCGUGACGGAGGAGAAGACCUUCGAGGUGACGGAGGCCAUCCCUGACGUGGAGCUCUUCGACUACAAAACCUCCACCCGCUCGAUCCACGUCCUCAGCGGAGCGUGGAUCGCCUACUCUCAUGUGGACUUCUCAGGGAACCAGUACAUCCUAGAGAAAGGCUUCUACAACAACUGUGCUGACUGGGGCUCCCAGGACACCCGGGUCUGCUCGGUCCAGCCCAUCUUACCGGCUCCAGCUGAAUCCUCCGGCCCCAGAGACGAGAUCAUCCUCUACUCUGAAGCAGACUUCCAGGGCGAAUGCCUCGUCUGUCACCACAGCCAGGGGGCGCUGUCAGAGAAAUUCCUCACCAGGUCGUGCCGAGUGGUGAGAGGAAGCUGGGUCCUCUGUGAGAACAAGCAGUUCUCUGGGAACAUGCAUGUCCUAUCUGAGGAGGACUAUCCCAGUCUGACCAGUAUGGGCUGCAACUCCAGCUGCUCAGUGCUCUCCAUCAAGCUGCUGCCGAUGACGCUGUCCGUGCCGUCCGUGUCUCUGUUCGGACUCGAAGGCCUGGAGGGCCGGGAGAUCACCACCGAGUCAGAGGUCACCAGUCUGGUCCAGGACGGCUUCAACGACCACAUCCUGUCGGUCCGGGUCAACAGCGGCUGUUGGGUUUUAUGUGAGCAUAGCAACUACAGGGGGCGCCAGUUCCUCCUGGAGCCGAUAGAAAUCACCAACUGGCCCAAGUUCAGCUCCCUGGACCGGGUCGGGUCCAUGUACCCCGUCAGACAGAAGCGUCACUUUUUCCGGGUGAAGAACAAGGAGAGCGGUCACUUCCUGUCGGUGCAGGGCGGGGUGGAGGAGCUGAAGUCGGGUCGGGUGGUGGCGGCGGCGGAGGUGGAGCCGCUGAGCGACAUCUGGUUCUACCAGGACGGGCGGAUUAAAAACAAGCUCUCUCCCUCCAUGUGCCUGCAAGUGAUGGGCAGCGUGGAACCGGCAGCCAAGGUGGUUCUGUGGAACGAGAGCCGGCAGCCGAUCCAGAACUGGUCGGCAAAGACGCAGGGUCCGAUCGGCAGCCUGACGUUCCCUGGAAUGGUGCUGGACGUUAAAGGCGGCAGAACGUACGAUAAGGAGCAUGUGGUGGUGAUGCCGGAAAACGACGAGAGGCCGAGUCAGCAGUGGGAGAUCCAGCUGCUGUAGCCGGAAACCUGCUGCGCCUUUCUGGAGCUGCACGGAGACCGGCGGACCGGAUCUGAAACGGUUUACAGGCAGCAGGAGGUUCUGUUACCAACCUUCUGGUUCCACUGAGCUCCUGUAAAUGUUCUGCCUGCAUCGCUACACAUCGACCAGCAGAGCAGGAAUGUUUGCUCUCGGGAUGUUUAUAUGUACAUGUGUGUGGACGACGCUGCAGCCGGAUUCCUCCCAUUUUAUUAGCCUCCUACUGUUACAUUAACCUGCUUUGCUCUGUUAAUAUUUGAAAUGAAAUGCAUUCACUUGGAAGAAACUGUUGUUCACCAGGGAAGGGGUUUAAAAUGUUCAAUAAACAAUAAAGCGACUGUUGUUUUGUCA